AUGCGAACAACGUUCACGUUCGACGACGACAAACCGCUUGUCCAUCUUGCCCAAGGAUACAUCGACGGAGGAACGCACAUCCCGUGGAGUGACGUUGCCCACAUUAUGAGAUCCACGAAACACACGGCGGUCGCGCAUCGUCAACCUCUCCAGGCUCUCAGCUCCGGAACAUCUCGUCCAGUGCACGAAGGCGGCUACUGCCACAAGAAGAAGAAGCUACUCCGCCCGCAUCGCUCACAGGACCGCGGUCGCCACCAAAAUCUGACGCAGGGACUGGAGCAGCACGUGAAGCAGCACGCCCAGCAGCGACUGAAUUAUCUCAAGGAAGUAGGGCAGCAGCCCUUGCAGCUAUACUCCCGACCACCAGAAGCUGCGGUGGCACGAGCUGUACGAGCAGAUGCACGAAACGCCGCGGCUUUGCGCUUAGAGGUUAGGCAUACAUUCGUGACGCCAGGAAGACGCCCAACAGACGCCGAAACGACGCUCCCAAAGCUGCAACUUCCGUUUUCAAAUUUUCAGGGGACGAAUAUGGCGACGACAGUACUUCCGAUGCAACCGGCACCAGUCCUGUGCUCAUUGAAUGCGGAGAAAGCUGUCACUGCGAUUUUUGCGGGUGUACCACGUGCUGCGGUCGCCUACACGCGCGGCAUCUCUCACCUGAAUGUCGGAGAAGUGCUGCCGCCGGGUGUGACGAUACUAUUGCAAGAGCUUGUGACAUCAAGGGACGUGACAUUUGUUUUAUAUCAGUGCUGGACUUUGCAAUGUUGUCGCUCAAGUAGUGCUUGCGACCAACGGAUAGGAUUCGAAGUUCGCGCAGACGUGCAGAAUGUUGGCGUGGAUAUGAUUGCGAGGAGCCCGCAUGCCCGACGUAUAGAUGAACGAGUAGAUCGCGUUUGGAAGAACAUCACUGGGCUUUCCUUCUCGCGGGUGGAGUCGUACGCACAAGCAACCUUGUCUUUUGGAACAACAUUUUGUUCGAGAGUGUCACCACCUAGUUCGUGA